UCGAACAUCGAGGAGACAUGGCAUAACCCAGGAACUUGCUCCGAGCGCUGUGGACAUGGACGCCUUUGCUAUCUCCGCCGACAACGUUCCCGACACAAACUCGGUACGCUCGAUUCCGACAUCUUUUGUCUCAGACCUCGCCGCGGGCUCUGUCGUCGACCAUGAGGCCUUUCUCUCUGUUGCCACAGCCAGAGGUCGCACAUAUAGGCAGUCGUCUUCCUCUCUGAACAUAUCUACAAACACGCUCAGCCUUGGGUACGACCACGAGGGCGUCUACGGCCUGAGAGGUGAUUUGGGAUCCAGGCAGUCUCGAGGCGACAUGCAAUCACCGACUCGAACGACGUCUUGCGGUAAGCCUGUAUCAACUGUCGUCGCGGGUGGGACAGCCAAGAGCAACCAAGCCCUCAAGGUGUUUGGUGAGAAGAUCAAGAAAGCCUUUGGUGUGCGAACUAGACAAGCAGGCUCUGGUAUUGGCAUAACGACCACGACAGCUAUUACCGCUGUCGAGUACAAGUCGGUAUGGAUCGAUUUACCUUCAAUAUACCACAUAACUCGAGGUUCAAAUUGAGCGUCAGGAACAUCCCAUUCC